CCGACGCAAUCAAACCAAACCUAUUUGAAAUUGAAUCACCAAGCCGGUGGUGGCGUGGUGCUGCGCUGCUCUCCCCCUCUCCUCCCCCGCCCCGCUUGCCGCCCCUCCUCUCUCUGAAGACGGCGGCCAUGGAGGAGCUCGCCACGGCACCGCCACCGCGGCGGCCCCACCGGGAGCGUCGCCACCGGCGGAAGGCGUCGGACGCGGCGGCGGCUGCGCUGGCGGCGUCCUCCUACGGCGACGUGUUCGGAGGACCCCCGCGGUUCGCGCCGCCUCCGGCGUUCGCCGAGGGGGCGGGGGCGGCGCCGGCGGACUACGCGGAGGUGUUCGGCGGCGUCGCGGCCUCCUGCUCCAUCCCCUACCUCGACCUGCCCCCGGCCGUUGCCGACGGAGUCGGCGCCGGCGCCGGCGGGUAUGGCGAGAUCUUCGGCCGCUUCGACUUCGGGGACUUCGCGGCGCCGUACGAGGAGAUGCUCCCCGGGGCGGAGUGUAUGGCGGAGGAGAUCGCGUCGCCGAGCGGGAGCUCCAGAUCGUCAAUCAGAAAAGAAUCUGGCCAGUUAGACGCUGAGCCAUCUAUACUCUAUCAACAGUAUCCAAAUGCUUGUUGCGACCAACACUUUGAUGUGGAGCAAUUUUAUCCAGUCUCCUUUCAUCCAGAUGGCGAUCAAAGGUUCAGCAUGUCAUAUAACAAGGCCUCCAGGGGAAGACCAGAUGAUGUUGUUGAAAUGACCACUUGCAUAGUGGAACCUUCAAUUAGCUAUGUGGUUGACUCUUGCAAUUUGUCAAAUGAUUCAGAAAUGGAUAAUGUCCCAGUAACGGACACCGGGGCACAUGCUAAUGGUGUGAAAGAGAAGAUGAGCCCACAGAAUGCUGCCGCUGUUGGCCUGAAGAGUGCUAAUAGUGAGUCAGUAGUUGAUCAGCAGCUGCAUAUCCCAACAUGCCCCUCCAUCUCUGAAAAUAUUUGUGAGGAUGAAAGCUUUAACAAGAGGUCUAGCAACCAUUCAGUGUCAAGCGAGGAAACACCUUCCCCUGAGACGAUGAUCCCACAGAAUGCUGCAGCCGUUGGCCUGAAGAGUGCUAAUUGUGCUUCAGUAGUUGAUCAGCAGCAGCAGCAUAUCCCAACAAGCCCCCCCAUCUCUGAAAAUAUUUGUGAGGAUGUAAGCUUUAACAAGAGGUCUAGCAUCCAUUCAGUGUCAAGCGAGGAAGCACUUUCCCCUGAGAAGAUGAGCCUACAGAAUGCUGCAGCCAUCGGCCUGAAGAGUGCUAAUAGUGCUUCAGUAGUUUGUCAGCAGCAGCAUAUGCAUAUCCCAACAUGCGCCCCCAUCUCUAAAAAUAUUUGUGAGGAUGACAGCUUUCACAAGAGGUCUAGCAUCCAUUCAGUGUCAAGCGAGGAAGCACCUUCUCCUGAUUAUCCAUUCUUAAGGGCAUCCGACAUCAGCAUUCCAGCAGCACCAAUCAAAGUGCAACCACCACCAAUACCACCAUCAAAAUUGCUUAAUAAAAAUGGAAACAAAGAACAUGGAGAUGCUGAUGUCAAUCCUAACUCAGCUGCUGCUGCUGCCAUGAAGGAAGCAAUGGAAUUUGCUGAAGCCAGAUUAAAAGCUGCAAAAGACUUGAUGGAGAGAAAAGGCGACAGUUUUAAAUUCCGGAAGAAGCCAGCUCAUCACAGAAGCACAAAAUCAACUGAAAUUAAGGAACGUAAGGCACCUGAAGAUGUGCACCUAUUUGAAGAAAAACUGAACGUGAGAAGAUUGGCAAAAGAGGAAAAUCAAAACAACGAUAUAACUUUGCUGGAUAAGAAUAGGGUCGGUGGUGCACUUAAGCCCGUUCACUGUGAUCGUGACAAAAAGGGAUUUAUAUCACCGGGGAAGCCUCAGGAGAUGAUGCAAAAUGGCAGUGAACUAGAACAAUUAGGAAAUUGGACAUCAGAUGCUGAAUUUUAUGAACUGGUUAGCAAUGAUCAGAGAUGCAGACCUAAUGAAGCUGCAUGCCAAGGAAAUAACGAUCUGAUGACAAAUUCCUUCACCAAGCUCGACCAGUCUGAGAAAGAAAAGGCAGAGGGUUUUGCAGGUGAGCCAAGAAGGUUUAGGAAAUUGUGGGACAGUAGCAAUACAACAGUUUUGAGAAUGGAACAUGUAAAUCAAGUAAAAGAUGGUAUGGCAUCUUUGGAGGCUGAACAAAAGGCUCCUAGGUUGCCGGAAGUUCCUUUUUGUGAUGAAAGAGUGACAUACCAAGAACCAACCAACGGAGAUAACUUUUUUCUGACAAAUUCUUCUGCGAAGCUCGACCAGUCUGAUAAAGAAAAGGCAGGUGGUUUUGUGGGUGAGCCAAAAAGGUCUAGAAAAUUGUGGGGCAGUAACAAUACAACAGGUCUGAGGAUGGAACUUGUAAAUCAGGGAAAAGAUGGUAUUCCUUCUAUGGAGGCUGAACAAAAGGCUCCUAGGUCACCAGACGUUCCUUUUUGUGAUGCAAGGGUGACAUACCAAGAACCAUCCAAAGGAGAUAAUGAUCUGAUGACAAAUUCUUCUGCCAUGCUUGACCAGUCUGAUACAGGAAAGGCAGGGGGUUUUGCAGGUGAGCCGAAAAGGUCUAGAAAAUUGUGGAGCAGUAACAAUACAAUCGGUAUGAGGAUGGAACCUGUAAAUCAGGGAAAAGAUAGUAUAGCUUGUGUGGAGGCUGAACAAAAGGCUCCUUGGUCACAAGAAAUUCCUUUUUGUGAUGAAAGGGUGACAUACCAAGAGCCAACUGAUUCCCAUUUGAAACAAUGUUCAGGGGUUGGGAAUGAAGGCCACGGUAAUGAUGGGCAGUUUGAGAUUUCAUGCAUGAAUAGUUUACCUGCAGAGGUCCAUGCUGACCUGGAAAUGUCCUGUUCCUUUUUGGAGCCUUGUUUAUCUGGAGGGCAUGCCAAUGGUAACAAAAAUAAUUCUGACUUCACGGCUCAGGAAACUCCAUUGGUAGGGAACUCUAACCAAGGCAACAACAAUAAAGAGGGACUCGAGCUUCCAUGCACUGAUGAAUUCUCUUGUACUUCAGCAAGGAGUCAGGUUUUACAGGAACCUGCAAAUGUUCCUAAUACUGACGAAAUCAAGGAAGGUUUAGUGAAAAUAUCAAAAUUAGAAGAGUCUGCCAAACCAUAUGAAAUUUUUGAGAAAGAAAUGCUAUUCAAUUUUGUUGAUGAAGCAUGCCUACAGAACAAAAAUGAAAGAGUAAAUGAAGUAACUUCAGAAUCACUCAUCCAUGAAGAGAUGACAAAACAUGGGAUUGAGGAGAACGAAGAUGCACGUGGAUAUUUUCAAGAGGGCGAUGUGGAUCAGGUAUCUGGAUCUCCUGAAGAGGAAGGUUAUCUUACUUCGGGAAGUGCUAUUGCUAAUGAAAGCGAAUAUGAAGAAGCAGAAGUUGAUGCAUUUUUGGGAGAAGGAAAAUUGGUGGAAUCCAAUGUGAGAACAUGUGGUACUUGUGACGAAGAUCCAUAUCAGUUCCAAGAAUCACAAGGGUCAUGGGGACCCCAAGAUUUGGAGAACAGAAUGGACAGAGUUGAGGAUAUCGUAUCUCAUGGUGAGGAAAGAGAGGUGCAAAAAUCCUUGCUAGAGAAUGUUGACAAGAUACUGGUGGAAGAAGUACUAAGCCAUGAUGGUAAGGAAGGCCAGAAAUCCAUGGAAACUUGUGUUUACAGAAGAGCGGAUGGUGUAUAUGAAGAAGUUAAUGUAAGGAGUGACACAGAUGAUGAUCAAUUUGAUUCUGUUCAUGAAUUUAUCACCGAUGAAGGCGCUGAUUAUGCCAUGAAGAUGGGCACAUUGUCAAAUAAUCUGCAGGCUUCAUUUUCAGAAGCAUGCACUAGCAUGAAGCACUUGUCUCAAAAUACUGAGUCUGUUUCUGCUGAGAAGGACAAUUUUCUUAAAAAUCUUGAAGUGGAUUGCAGGGAAGCAGAUAGAAAAAUUCCAACUGAAAAAAUUACAACAUUAGAAGAGGGGCAAAAUACUGGAAGCAAAGUGGAAGAAAGAGAUAAGGUUGCAGAAGAUACUGCAUCAGAAACUGUACUAGAAUCAAGAGAAGAGAACAUUGGUGUUCAGAGAACUAAAGUGAGGAAUGACGUAAAAGAGACUGGAGAAAUUGAGAAGGAGGUCCUCACAAGGCUUGAUGAAGAGAAAGAAAAGGUGCGCAAACUGGAAAAAGAAAAAGAACAAGAUAAAGAGAGACAGAGAAGAGAGUUAGAAGAAGAGAAGGAACGGGAAAUGGAACGAGCGAAAGAUAGACUUGCUGUUCAGAGGGCUACUAGAGAAGCACAUGAAAGGGCAUUUGCUGAGGUUCGUGCCAAGGCUGAAAGAAUAGCAUUAGAACGGAUUACCUCAGCACGACAACGAGCAUCCGCAGAAGCUCAUGAGAAAGAAGAAAAGACAACCUGUCAAGCAGCUCUUGAAAAGGCUUCAAGAGAAGCUAGAAUGAAAGCAGAGCGUGCAGCAGUUGAGAGAGCAACUGCUGAAGCUCGGGAGAGGGCAAUUGAAAAGGCAAAGGCUGCCGCAGAUGCGAAGGAGAGAAUGGAGAGGUUCAGGGGCUCUUUCAAGGACAGUUUUAAGGCACCUAAUCAGGAUAAUCAACACGAGGUACAAUUUCAGAAGACGGCUUCAAAUAACCACGGAAAAAGCAAAGAUAUUGAAGUAGUUGAAGUUGAGUCAGCUCUAAGACAUAAAGCAAAAUCGGAGAGGCAUCAACGCACAGCUGAGCGAGCGGCAAAAGCCCUUGCUGAAAAGAACAUGCGGGACAUGCUGGCUCAGAGGGAGCAGGCAGAGAAACAUAGAUUGGCUGAAUUCCUUGAUCCUGAAGUCAAGAGAUGGUCAAAUGGAAAAGAAGGAAACCUGCGAGCAUUGCUGUCCACAUUGCAAUAUAUACUUGGUUCAGACAGUGGUUGGCAGCCAGUUCCCCUCACAGAGCUUAUUACAGCUGCUGGUGUCAAGAAGGCAUACAGGAAGGCAACCCUUUGUGUCCAUCCAGAUAAAGUACAACAAAGGGGUGCUACAAUCAGACAGAAAUACAUUUGUGAGAAGGUGUUUGAUCUUCUGAAGGAAGCUUGGAAUAAGUACAAUUCUGAAGAGCGCUAGCGGGGAAAAUAGGCGGUUGAUUAUUCUUUUGUAGGGACAGAAAAUUGGUUCGGUAUUUAUAUAUCCAAAUAUUAUCUUUUUUUUUGAAUCGGUGUAAAUAUGCAGCUGUAGAGGGCGUCUUCUGGUUAUUUCUUAUCCAUAUCCUAUCAGUAGAUCAUUGCCUAAAAAAAAGACAGUUGUCGAGCAUCUGUUGUCUCGUAUCUCUUCAGACUCUUGCUAUGAACAUAGCAGGUACUAGUACAUCACAAGGUGCUA